CCAUGCAACUGACGUCUACCGAAACGUCAAGAAACAUCCAUGAAAUCAUGGCAAGUCGAGUUCGUGAAACAAUCACUGAGUGCAUCAAAGAAUUAGCUCAGCCCUCAGCUGUCUCCAGUGAACAUCAACACCGGGCCCUGGAAACCUUAGUCACCAUCACCAAACUCAGCCCGCAAAACCGAAACCUGGUAGCACAAACCGAUGCAGCCAUUUCUUCACUUGUCGCCCUGUCCAAGACCCCCUCCCCUCCCACUGUCCAGACUCUUGCGCUUUCCGUGCUCUUCAACCUCUCCCUUAAUACCAGCUUGAAGCACUCACUCGCUCAAAUCGACACCAUCCACCACCUCAAUACUCUCAUUCUCUCCCCAAACUCAACCGAAUCCGGCAAACUCGCCGCUUCCUUGCUUUGCAGUUUAGCCAUGCUCCACAAGAAUAAGGCCAGAUUUGGGGUCGCUGGCACUAUUCAGGUUCUAGUGAAGGCAAUUUCGGGUCCCCGAAGUCCCGCCACCCACCACCUUCUCAGCUCUCUGGCGGAGCUAGUGCAAUUUCAUGGCAACUGCACUGUGGCAGUCCGAGCGGGAGCUGUGCCAAUGCUAUUGGCGGUGGCCGAGAGUAGCAACGAGGAGGAUCUUUCCGGGACUUCGCUGACGAUUCUUGGACUUCUUGCCAGGUUUGAAGAAGGGCUGAAUGAGCUGAAGAGAACUGAUAGGCUGGUAGCCCGAAUGGUGGGGAUCUUGAAAAAAGGGUGUAUGCUGAGUAAGGAAGGGGCGUGCGAGAUUCUUCUGAGGUUGUUCGAUGAGAGUGAAGGGUGUUUAAGGGAUGCUGUGAGACUGCCGGAGUUUUCGUCUGUGCUGGCGGAUGUUUCUGUGAGGGGUUCGGGUCGGGCCCGGGAGAAGGCCGGUUUAUUAAUGAAGAAGAUCAUGGAUGUUAACGUGUAUUGAGUUGCAUGCAUAUGGAUCACAAAAUGAGCCUUGGAAGAUUACAUGGAACAGUAGAGUGUUGGGAAUUGAAAUCAGUGUAUUUUUGCAGAAAAAUAUAUUUGCUAUGUUUGUUUUUUUUUUCUAAUUUUGUUCGAGACAAGUUAAAACA